CGCGCACCGUCCAGCGCGCACCCUGCCCGCGUAGCCUGGCCUCCGGAAUCAGACUCCAGAUCCCCAUCCCUACAGGCCAUUUGGAAACGUGUUCAAGGUGGCAGAUCACAGGACGGCACAACAAAUCCCACAUCUGGGGCGGGGGGGCGACGGCUGUCUUUCUGGAACGUUGCGAGGACAACGCGGCGCGCCACGUCCGUGCGCAGCCAGCGCUCCAGGCGCCUCUUCCGCGCGGUGGUCGCUUCUCAGCCACGGAGUGCCCAGCGCUCAUCCCUGACAUGAAUUAAGUCCUAGAGGAACCCAGCUAAUAACCCCGCCUCCUGGCCCGCCUCCGCCUGCCCGACCCGGCCUUAAAGCGGGCCUGACGCGCGUAUGCCUCAGGCAGGCGGUGGGCCCACCCAAAGGCCUUUACCAUUUGAAGAUUACAGUACCCGGCAGCGAAUCGCGCGAGACGGAGAUAGCAUUCUCGCGAGAAGUCUGGGAGGCGGCAGUGAUGGCGGCGGCGGGAACCGGACCCGGCCCGGGAGCGGGUGCCGGACCCGGCCCAGGAGCGGCCGCAAGUGCAACAGCGGCAGAAGACGGGGAGACGAAGCCGGUGGCAGCGGCAGCAGCCACUCCGGCCGGAGAGGGGACACCUUCUGCUCCGGCAACUGAGCCCAGUUCCGGAGAGGCUGAGAGCGGGGAUGCAAACUUGGUCGAUGUAAGUGGUGGUUUGGAGACAGAAUCCUCUAAUGGAAAAGAUACACUAGAAGGUGCUGGGGAUACUUCAGAGGUGAUGGAUACUCAGGCGGGCUCCGUGGAUGAAGAGAGUGGCCGGCAGUUGGGAGAGGUAGAGCUGCAAUGUGGGAUAUGUACAAAAUGGUUCACAGCGGACUCCUUUGGCAUAGAUACCUCAUCCUGUCUACCUUUCAUGACCAACUACAGUUUUCAUUGCAAUGUAUGCCAUCAUAGUGGGAAUACCUAUUUCCUCCGGAAGCAAGCAAACUUGAAGGAAAUGUGCCUUAGUGCUUUGGCCAACCUAACGUGGCAGUCCCGAACACAGGAUGAACAUCCGAAAACCAUGUUCUCCAAAGAUAAGGAUAUUAUACCAUUUAUUGAUAAAUACUGGGAGUGCAUGACAACCAGACAGAGACCUGGGAAAAUGACUUGGCCAAAUAACAUUGUUAAAACAAUGAGUAAAGAAAGAGAUGUAUUUUUGGUAAAGGAACACCCUGAUCCUGGGAGUAAAGACCCAGAAGAAGAUUACCCCAAAUUUGGACUUUUGGACCAGGAUCUUAGUAACAUUGGUCCCGCUUAUGACAACCAAAAACAAAGCAGUGCCGUGUCUACCAGUGGGAACCUAAAUGGUGGAGCCACUUUUGGAGGGGGUAUUGCAGCUGGAAGCAGUGGAAAAGGAAGAGGAGCUAAGCGCAAACAGCAGGACGGAGGGACCACAGGGACCACCAAGAAGGCCCGGAGUGACCCUUUGUUUUCUGCUCAGCGCCUUCCCCCUCAUGGCUACCCUUUGGAACACCCAUUUAACAAAGAUGGCUAUCGGUAUAUUCUAGCUGAGCCUGAUCCCCACGCCCCUGAUCCUGAGAAGCUUGAACUUGACUGUUGGGCAGGAAAACCUAUUCCUGGAGACCUCUACAGAGCCUGCUUGUACGAAAGAGUUUUGUUAGCCCUACACGAUCGAGAUCCUAUUCAAGUUUCUCCAGUUCAUCCAGUAAUGUCCUGUAUAGGAAAGGACCCAGCUCCCCAGUUAAAGAUCUCCGAUGACCGGCUGACUGUGGUUGGAGAGAAGGGCUACUCUAUGGUGCGGGCCUCUCAUGGGGUACGGAAGGGUGCCUGGUACUUUGAAAUCACUGUGGAUGAGAUGCCACCAGACACUGCUGCGAGACUGGGUUGGUCCCAGCCCUUAGGUAACCUUCAGGCUCCCUUAGGUUAUGAUAAAUUUAGUUAUUCUUGGCGGAGCAAAAAGGGAACCAAGUUCCACCAAUCCAUUGGCAAACACUACUCUUCUGGCUAUGGACAGGGAGACAUCCUGGGAUUUUAUAUAAAUCUUCCUGAAGACACAGAGACAGCCAAGUCACUGCCUGACACUUAUAAAGAUAAGGCUUUGAUAAAGUUCAAGAGUUAUUUGUAUUUUGAGGAAAAAGACUUUGUGGAUAAAGCAGAGAAGAGUCUAAAGCAGACUCCCCAUAGUGAGAUAAUAUUUUAUAAAAAUGGUGUCAACCAAGGUGUGGCUUACAAAGAUAUUUUUGAGGGAGUUUACUUUCCAGCCAUCUCACUGUACAAGAGCUGCACGGUUUCCAUUAACUUUGGACCGUGCUUCAAGUAUCCUCCAAAGGAUCUCACUUACCACCCUAUGAGUGACAUGGGCUGGGGCGCUGUGGUAGAACAUACUCUGGCUGAUGUCCUAUAUCAUGUGGAAACAGAAGUGGAUGGGAGGCGCAGUCCCCCAUGGGAACCCUGACCGGGUCUCUCUUUCUUUUCAGAUAUGGACAUUCUGGGGAAUAAUACUGGGAUUUUUAUUUUUUAACAGUCUCAAAUGUUCUCCCAGAGAUGCUACAGAACACAGACUCUCCUUUUAGCAAGUGAAGAGGUUGGGUAGGACUGCGGGAAACUCCCCACCCUUCACCGCUCUCCCCCCCACUUUCAGUGAUUGCUCUUAUUUUGUGUGCCAUAAGCCAACACCUGCUGACCCUGGAUCCCAUAAGCUCCCUGUGAAACUGGUGCUGUACCAUAUAACCGGCCAGCUGGGACUUAUCUUACUGUAUUUCCUAAGGAGUGAAUAAUCUUGUCCAAGUAGCUAACUUAUUUGAAGACACUUCCUUCUGUGGGCAUUGGGUCCAUCCCACCUGAUCUCCAAGGAAGUGGUGGGCCUGUAUCUGAGAGAAGCUGAAAUCUAUGACCAUACUUUCUAAACCAAUCUAAAAGCUAUUUCCUUUUGAUGUGCAUUUGGUUUUGUUAUUAAAAUAAUUUUGAAAUAUGCUUUUGAACACUGGGAUCUCUGAAACCCCUCGGUCUCUAGAACCGUACUUGUGAAAGGAACUUGCUCGCAGCUUUAAAAAAUUAGAAACUCUUCCCAAAUAAAACUUGUUUUCAAGUUUGUAUGGCA